GGCUUGCCUUCGAAAACUGCCACCUGCUCAGCAAGUGCAAACCCCGUAGGUCAUGUAUUUUCUGUGCGUAUGUUGAGUGCACUUCGAAGAACCCUGGCAUGCGGUCAGGCACGUCGAUCAUACGCUACCUCGAUAUCACCCACUGUCGCCCCCGAGCCCAAACAAUCACCCAGCAAAGCAGUUUCACAAACUUCAGCAGCCUUCGACAAUGAGGGGAAGAGGAAACGCAAGGUUGCGCCCCUUCAGUGCGCAAAGCACGCCAAGCGUAACCCUCUUGGGGUGCAGUUGCUUUCGCGCCAACUUCACGCACAGAUAUUCCGAAAUGUGUCGUUUCCCUCCCCCAAGCCAUCAUUCGUUCAGAUCGCGCGGGAACACCUGGAGAUGCAUGGGCUAGACCCUAAACAGGGAUCCGUUAUUCCCGAUAUUGGGUUUGCGCUGCCACCUCUGCAAGGGUCUACCAUUGACGAACAUUUCUACUGCAUUGGGUUGCAGGCUUCGCAACCUUGGUUGUCCCUUGCCCGAGAUCUCGCAAGUUCCGAGCUCCCGCCAAGACCAGACUAUUGGGAUAUACAGUCGGGUUGGACGAAGUACUAUUUCCACUCAGACGGGUCGAGCUACAGUGAAUAUGUCGAGUACCCGCAGCACGACGGCAAACCAGAAGAAAUUCUCGUUUUUGAUGUUGAAACGAUGCCGUCCUACCACCCGUACGCCGUCAUUGCUUGCGCAGCUUCCAAGAAUGCCUGGUACGCUUGGAUAUCCCCAUGGCUCUUAGGGGAGUCCAGCGAUGUAGAACACCUGGUAUCAUUGGGGCCGCCAGACAUCCCACGCGUUGUGGUCGGGCACAACGUUUCAUAUGACCGCCAACGGAUCCUAGAAGAGUAUAGUUUGAGGGGGACACAAACGCGCUUCCUCGAUACCAUGGCGCUCCAUGUCGCUGUGAAAGGCAUAUCUUCCCACCAACGACCUGCAUGGAUGAAACAUCGCAAGUCGAAGGCGGAGAAGCGUGAGCGACGCGAGGAGGCGGUUGAAAUGGUCGUUGGAAUGUUGCAGAACGUUGAAGUUCAGUACGAACGGGAAGCAGACGAUGAAAGAUGCGCCGAGCUUCGCCACCUUCGCAGUGAGCUAGAAGAGGGCCUUUCGCAACUUCAAUCGGAAGACUUCAACAUGGAUAUUGACGAGGAAUCAAAGAGGACGUGGGAGGACUUGACGUCCGCUAAUUCCCUUGCAGAUGUCGCCAAGUUGCACUGCAAUAUCGACAUCGACAAGGGAAUACGGGAGGAAUUUAUGAAGGCCAGCUCAUCCGAUGUACUCGAGCAUAUUCACGACUUCCUGAAUUACUGUGCAAAUGAUGUGUACGUCACGCAUAAGGUAUUCUUACGGGUACUCCCGUCUUUUCUUCAGCUAUGUCCCAGCCCUGUCUCCUUUGCCGGAAUUCUAGCGAUGGGUUCUAGUUUCCUCACUGUAAACGAGUCUUGGGAAACAUACCUAAAUAAUGCGGAACGGACAUACCAUGACUUGGAGGCAAAGGUGAAGAAGCGACUGAUAGAUCUUGCAGAAGAGGCCAAAUUGAUGAUGGAGGAUGGUUUGUGGAAGGAGAGCCCGUGGCUAGCUCAGCUCGAUUGGACCCCCAAAGUCGCAGGCAAAUCGCGAGGUGUCAUUGCCGGGCAUCAGGUAGCUGAUUCUGAACUAGACUCCAAAGGAAAACCCAUGCAGCCUGCGUGGUUCAGGGAGCUUGUCAAAAAGGGACCUCUCCAUCCUAGCAUCGUCAAUCGCAUGCUCCCGUUUCUAUUGAAGAUGUCUUUUGAUGGUCAUCCACUCCGGUAUACCGUAGAUGACAAGUGGCAUUAUGUCCAGGAUGGUGUGCUCUUCCGCCUACCUACUGCAGGGAAGAAGAAGACGAUUACGAUCCUAUCAACAACCCAUGGAUUACCCAAUUUGAAAAGCGGGAGACUGUGUGCCUCUGACUGUUCGAUGGCUUACGACAUAUCCUGUGGCAAGGGUGAUCCUAAGCUUGCGGAACGCGUUCUUGCACUUGCAAGAUCGCUCGUAGACCUCCAGAGUUACGAGGACGACCCAUCCCUGUGCCAGUUAGACUGGUCACCAGUCGACAGUGUUUCUACCUCGAACGAACCCAGUCUAUCAUUAGCGUCGUCAUCUGGAAAGGACCAACAGCUCAGUGUCUCAUGGCCGAAGUGGUAUUGGGAUCUUGCGCGGCCUAAGAAGGGUAUGCCUCCCGGCAGCCUCGAUAUCACAGUUCGUAAUCGGGUAGCCCCGAUUCUUUUGCAACUGUCAUGGCUAGGGUGGCCACUCUUCUACUCGCGCGAACACGGGUGGACAUUUCGUGUUCGUAAGGACGCCAAAUUCUCCACUCGCUUAUCGCCCCUCGACUUUUUCGACCGUGCCGAUGAUGCAUUAGCGGAAAUGAGCCAGGGCGACUAUGUCUUCUUCAAGCUCCCACACAAGGACGGUGACAAGGCAAACGUAGGCAGCCCAUUGGGGAAGACAUUCAUGAAGUACGCCCAGGACGGCACAUUAACGAGUCCAGGAGGGGAAGCAAACGAUGCACUGGACAUGAACGCACAGUGUAGCUACUGGAUCAGUGCGCGUGACCGAAUUCUGAACCAGAUGGUUGUCUGGCAGGGUAACAACGUCGACAUGGGGAUAAAGGAUGAGGUCAACUCACCGGGACCCCCACAGAAGUGGGGUAUGAUUCUUCCCCAGGUCAUCACGAUGGGUACAGUCACGCGGCGGGCGAUCGAGAAGACAUGGCUUACAGCAAGUAAUGCAAAGAAGAACAGGGUUGGUUCGGAGCUGAAAGCGAUGGUGCGGGCACCCAAGGGAUAUGCCAUUGUUGGUGCGGACGUCGACUCUGAGGAACUUUGGAUUUCGAGCUGUAUGGGAGAUGCACAAUUUGGCCUUCAUGGUGCUACAGCACUUGGGUGGAUGACCCUGGAGGGGACGAAAGCAGCGGGCACAGACUUACAUUCCAAGACAGCCAGCAUCCUGGGCAUAUCACGGGAUCAGGCUAAGGUGUUCAAUUACUCGCGUAUCUACGGCGCGGGUAUGCGACAUGCUGUUUUGCUGUUGCUCCAGUCUAAUGCGAGCAUGCACCCCGACCAAGCGCAGAAGCUAGCGGAAAACUUGUAUGCGACAACCAAGGGUAAGAACACCUACCGCCCUGAUCUUUUCGGACGAAAGUUUUGGUAUGGCGGCACCGAGAGCUUUGUCUUCAACAAACUUGAGGAGAUUGCACUUUCAGACCGACCUCAGACGCCUGCUCUGGGUUGCGGUAUUACUGCCGCGUUGUCAAAGGAGAAUCUACCGGAGGAGUUUGGCGCCGACUUCAUGACGUCACGCAUCAAUUGGGUUGUCCAGUCGUCGGGGGUGGACUACCUACAUCUCCUGAUCGUGGCCAUGAGCUAUCUUAUAUCCAAGUACGACAUUGCAGCCCGCUACCUAAUUUCGGUCCAUGACGAACUCCGCUACCUCGUCGCCGAGGAAGACCGAUACCGUGCGGCACUCGCACUGCAGAUCGCGAACCUCUGGACGCGCAGCUUGUUUGCAUUCAAAUUGGGGAUGGACGAUCUCCCUCAGAGCGUAGCCUUCUUCUCGGCUGUAGAUAUUGACCACGUCUUGCGUAAGGAGGUUGAUAUGCCCUGUUUCACACCUUCGCAUCCUACGUCAAUACCUCCAGGAGAGAGCUUAAACAUCGCCGAGUUACUGGGAAAGACUCAUAAAGGCUCUUUGUGGAGGGAUGGCAGAGCAAUGGCUGUAGAGGCCGCUUCACCGUUUACGGAUGACCUGACUGGAUAUCAUCCUUCUAAUUGUCUCACACAUCGCGCGGACAGCCCCGCAUUCUUACGUGCCCAGGCAACCAAUGAGCUUGCUGAAGUCAAACACCUUGCACAGCAAGCGGGACAAGUUAUGGUUAGCAACCGCGCAGGGAAUAAGACAAAGAAGGGCAAAGGAAGGUGUCGGUCACGUACGCACGAAACAGACCCGCUUAUUGAUAAUAUCGACUGGGAAGCAGUCAGAGAAGUGUUACAAGCCAGAUUGACCUGAGGUUUUUCCGGAGGCGCUAUUUUCCAUGAAUACGUUAUAUAACAUUAGAGUUGUACGCUCUACUUAAUCAACUGCCGCUGUAAGUAAUCACCUUUGAAGCCCUCAGGAUUUCCUCAGGAUCGCCCAGUGAAUUGAGGGUAGUAGAUAAGAUAGGUAAAGGGAAGGAAGCGACUGUGCCUUGCCAAACGUAGUAGACGAGGGUGCCUACUAGUAGUGCUUGUCACGUACCACGCUUUCGCUUCCUUGAGUUAUUGGGCCAUAUGUAUAGGUAUGAUACACUGGGUCAUGUCAAUAUUAC